AUGGCGGAAAAAGGAAGAUCUACAUACGUACCGCCUCAUAUGCGUGGCGGUGGCGGUGGAUACCGCAACAGAAAUGAAGAUGAUCGUCGCGGUGGAAAUGAUGAUCGUCGUGGUGGAAACAGCGGCUACGACCGACGCAGUGGUUCUCGCGAAGGCUACGGCACUCGUAGUGGCUCAAAUGAGCGUGGAGACGGACCACCACGUGCUACAAACUCUCGCUGGUCUGGAUUUGAAGUUGAUCGUCGUGGCGGUUACAAUGAUGACCGUCGUAGUGGCUACGGAGGUGGUUACGGUCGCGGAGGGGGUGCUGGUAUUGCUCGUGUUAAUGAAUUAGGUUAUCACGGUGAUGUGCGUCGCAACGAGCGAUUAGAGCACGAAUUAUUUGGCGAUGCAAAAUCGUCGGGUAUUAAUUUUGACAAGUACGACGACAUUCCUGUUGAAACAAGUGGUGAAAACGUGCCGGACCCAGUGAAUGAUUUCUCGGAAGAACAACUUGGUCCGGAAGUUAUUCGGAAUCUUGAAUUGUGUAAAUACGCGAAACCUACACCAGUACAAAAGUAUUCGAUUCCAAUUGGAUUAGCGGGUCGUGAUAUGAUGGCAUGUGCUCAAACGGGCUCAGGUAAAACCGGUGGUUUCUUAUUUCCAACUCUUGCUGCAAUGUUACGUGUAGGUGGCACUCCACCACCUGAUGUUGGGCACGGGCGAACACGUAAGAUUUUUCCUGCUGGAUUAAUUCUCUCACCUACGCGGGAGUUGGCAUCUCAAAUUCAUGAUGAAGCAAAAAAGUUUUGCUAUUGUACGGGUAUUGCACCUGUUGUAAUUUAUGGUGGUGCAGAAGUUGGUCGUCAAUUACGGGAAUUGGAGCGUGGUUGCGAUCUUUUAGUUGCUACUCCUGGCCGUCUUGUUGAUUUGAUGGAACGUGGACGUAUAUCACUCUCUUGUAUCCGUUUUUUGAUUUUAGACGAAGCUGAUCGUAUGCUUGAUAUGGGAUUUGAGCCUCAGAUUCGUCGUAUUGUUGAACAAGAAGAUAUGCCUAGAGAACGUCAAACUUUUAUGUUUAGUGCAACGUUCCCACGCGAGAUUCAACGUCUUGCAUCGGAUUUCUUACGUGACUAUAUUUUCCUUACAGUUGGUCGUGUAGGCUCGGCGUCAAAGGAUGUAAAACAAACGGUUGAGUAUAUUGAACAGUAUGAUAAGGAGGACUAUUUGGUUCGUUUUUUAAACCAAGUUCAAGAUGGUCUUAUCUUAGUCUUUGUCGAAACAAAACGUGGUGCUGAUUUCUUGGAAGACAUGUUGUGUCGGGAAGGAUUUCCGGCUACUUCCAUUCAUGGAGAUCGUUCACAACGUGAGCGUGAACAGGCUCUUGCGAGCUUUAAAUCGGGUCGUACACCUGUACUUGUAGCGACGGAUGUAGCGGCCCGUGGUCUUGAUAUUGAUGGAGUGACUCAAGUUAUUAACUUUGACUUACCGAAUAAUAUCGAUGAUUAUGUUCAUCGUAUUGGACGUACUGGUCGUGUAGGAAAUGUUGGAUAUGCACUAUCAAUGAUGAAUGAAAAAAACCGAAAUAUUGCCCGUGAAAUGUAUGAAUUGAUGGCUGAGAAUGGCCAGGAGAUCCCAGCAUUUCUUGACCAGAUGGCUAAUAGUGGCUAUCGUGGUGGUGGUAGCCGCAGCGGCCGUGGCGGACGUGGUGGACGCGGUGGUUCUCGCUUUGGUGCUAGAGAUUUCCGUAAUGAAGAACGUGGUGGUGGUGGAAGUCGUAACGGCGGUGGCUAUGGUGGUAGUGGGUAUGGCGGUGGUUACAGUGGUGGUUACGGUGGUGGUGGUGGCGGUGGCUAUGGUGGUGGCGGUCGUAGUGGUGGCUCCCGUGGUGGAGAGGAUAAUAGCGCUUGGUAG